CGGCAGGCUGGCGGCGGCGCCGCGCGCUUCUUGGGAGGGCAGCAGCCGGCGCUCCAUGGAGGAGGAGGUGCUGCAGCCGGAUGACGUGGGCGCCCUCAUAGACGACGACGCGGCCGCCGCCGCGGCCGCCGCAAGGGGCGCGGCGGCGGCCGGGGCGGCGGCGGUGGCCGUGCCGAUGCGGGCGGCCAAGCGGGACUGGGCGCUGCGUUCGGUGAUCAAGGUGUUCGUGGUCAAGGUCGACCCCUCAUACGCCCAGCCCUGGCAGAAGCUGCCGCAGCGCUCGUCAAACGGCAGCGCCUUUGUCCUGGACGUCGACAGGCGCCUCGUCAUCACAAAUGCCCAUGUGGACGCCGCUUGCCUGGUCGGCCCUCGCCGCACCGGCCCGGCGGAGGGCCCCUCGGCGACCGCCUGCCGGCAGGCUCCGGCGGCGCGCGCAUGCGUGGCCAAUGCGACCACUGUGUAUGUGAGGCGGCCAGGGGACCCCAAAAAGACAAAGGCCACGAUAGCGUGCCUGGCAAAGCAGUGUGACCUGGCGCUGCUGACUGUGGCCGAUGACUCAUUCUGGGAGGGGCUGCGGGCGCUGACCUUCGUAUCAGAGACGCCCGAGCUGCAGUCGCCGGUGCUGGUGGCAGGCUACCCCGUGGGCGGCGACUCGCUGUCCAUUACUAAGGGCAUCGUCAGCCGCGUGUGCAUGACGCGCUACUCACAGGUCACCCGCGCUUUGAGGCACACGUGA